GAACGGCGACGUUUUCUCUCUUUUGGGGUUCUCACACACAGUGAGGGUAGGCCAUGUUUUCGUCUUCGAUUAGGUCAAUAAUCGUAUCCGGACUUCACCGUACUCCGACCCUGAAAUCGCCGGCGGUAAAUCCUCCGACGCUCUUCACCUCCGUGCCUAGAUUCUUCCACUCAAGCUCCCCUCGUUUCAGCGACAGUAGAAUCACCAUGAGCAGCGUUGACAAAACCGGAUCGAACUCGGGGAAUCGGGCGAGCAGGAUUAAGGAGAAGCUGGAGAAGGAGCUGGAGCCGGUGGAGCUAGUGAUCGAGGACGUCUCGUACCAGCACGCGGGUCACGCGGGGAUGAAAGGUAGAGGAACCGACGAAGAGACGCAUUUCAAUGUGAAGAUCGUAUCGAAAGGAUUCGAAGGGAUGAAUCUGGUGAAGAGGCACAGGCUAGUGUACGAUCUGCUCAGGGAGGAGCUUGAUAGUGGAUUGCACGCGCUUUCCAUCGUCUCCAAGACUCCCUCCGAGUCCACUCGCUAGAUCUGUUUUAUGUUUCUCUUAUGAGAGAGUUUGUUUUUAAAUUAAUUCGAGUUCUGGUUUUCUAGUAUUCAAAGCGUUCAUUCUUUAUAGCUUUGAUAAAAUGAUAUAUAGUCUUGCAUUGUUCAUGUCCUGGUUAUGAGAAUAAGAGAGGAGGUGGGUUU